AUGGUGGUCACCGGAAAGAUGUUGUCAGAGGUAAUGGUUGUGUCUGUAAAAAUGAUGCGGUGGUGGUCGAACAAUGAAACAAGAGGGCAGUCGAGACAAAGAUGUGGCGAAGAAGAAAGCAGCGCCGUGAAGCCGUGGCCGAAGGUGGAGUUGUGGCGGCACUUCGUUGGCAGUAACCCUAGUGGCCGAAAAUCUGUUGGUCUACCCCACCCAGCCUCUUUCUUGUUGAAUUACACUUCCAAGAGGAAGUUCUAUUUGAAGCAUGAUACGUAUCAAUUUCAGUUUCUUACUAUUUGAUUGGAUCGUAUCCCGUGUAUUUUUGUGCUUUGAUGUCUUCCAUUUACGAGGAAAAUAAUUAAGGAUGAAGAUGGAUUCCUUUACAUGAAUUAUAGUGGUGAAAACACAUUUGGAUCUUUUGAAAUGCAGGAAUUGUCAAUGUGAGAUAUUGUUGAUAUGAUAAAAUGAAGGGAAAAUGACUAAUAAGGAUUCUUCUUCUUUUCGUUUCCAUCAUUCUUCUUCCCGUCUCCUCUGAUGGCUUGGAUCCAAACAAAAAAAAAGGUGCUUUCUGGAAAUGGGUUGAUGAUAUGCUCAUAGAGUCAUGAGUUUGGCCAGAGAACAAGUUGCUUAUCUAGUAUUAGGGUUUAUGUAUGAUAUGUUCAAGACUAUAAAUGGAAUGUGUUCAUGGAUUUGUAUUGUUUCGUACAAUUCAUAACACCAUUGGUUAUUUCUCUAAAAUGCCAUGGCUCGCUGCUCCAUUCUUUGAUUCCAAAACACGAGAAGCUUUAGAUGAAUCUUUUAAAGUUAAUGGAGUCCCUCAUCUUGUGUUCCUUGAUGAAAACGGGUAACUUUUGAAUGAUCGUGGGGUAGAAAUCAUUGGGGAAUAUGGAGUAGAGGCGUACCCAUUUAUACCAAAACACCCAUCUACUAUUUUUUUCAUUUAGAACCCACAAAGGGAGUUAAAUUUGGCAUUUUACUGUGAUAUGAGA